GGGGGGUAAUAAUAAAAUGGCGGACAUGUACAGUGAAUCAUACAAAUUACAAAUUGAAAAUAUCUAAUAAAAUAUCUAACACAAUAAUAAUAAUAAUAUUAAUAGUAACAAUAGUAACGCCAAUUGUGUAAACACAAAUAAACAUAUAAAUAUAUUUUUACUAUAAUUUUUUUAGUUUUAGUAAUUUAAUUAUGAGUAAGUCAAAGUAAUGAUGUUGUCAAUUAAUUAAUUGCAAGUGUAUAUAAAAAAAAAAAAAAGAGUGAAAAAACAAAUCCAAGACAAGGACAGCUGACGUGAACUAAUUCACAUCCGGAUCGAAUUGUUGAAAAAAAAAAAAAGAGUAAUUUAUUUGUAGAAAAUAGUAAAAUAAUAAUCAAAGUGUGUAGAUAGAAAUAAUAAUUAAAAAUGAAUUGGGAAGUAAAUUUACAUUUGACAGAAACUGAGCUACGUUAUUAUGGUGAUAUAUUUUUGUACUGUUGUGACAGUUCAGAUCCUGAAAGUGUACCAGUUGUCAAAGCUGCUGAAUUAUUUCAUUCAGCAAAUUUACAAAGAGAUGUUAUGAUAAAGAUACUUGACAUAUGUGCUGGAUCAAAAGAAAAUAAUUAUAUGAAUAGAAAACAAUUUUAUACAGCAUUAAAAUUAGUUGCAGCAUAUCAAUCUGGUUUAGAUAUAAAUAAUGAUUUAACAAUAAAUUCAUUUGAUAUAUCAACACCAUUACCACGUUUUUCAUGGCCAACAUCUGGUGAUGAAGCUGAUACAAAUAAAAAUAAAGAUAUUAAAAUUGGAAUAACAAGAUUACCUGGUAGUACAACUGAGAGUGAAAGUGAUGUUGAAUCAUCACGUGAUACUGGUGGUAGUACUGAUUCACCAACUCCAACAAAUUCAGUAACACAAGAAAGAAUUGAUGAAUUAAUGAGUGGUGAAAAAAUACUUGAUACAGCAACUGGUAGCUGGCGUGGUUUAUUAGUAUCAGAAGAACAAAGACAAUUAUUAGGUACUGAAGAAGAAAGUUCAGAAAGACAUAGUAGUGAUGAAAAUGAUGGUGAACAAUUAGAAUUUCCACCAGAUGAAGUAUGGGCUAUUAAUGAUGAACAAAAAGAUUAUUAUGCUGCUCAAUUUACAAAAUUACAACCAGAUCCAGAUGGUUUAAUUGCUGGUUCAAUUGCACGUACAUUUUUUGAAAAAUCACGUUUACCUGUUGCUGAAUUACGUAGAAUUUGGCAACUUGCUGAUGUAACUAGAGAUGGUGCAUUAAGUCGUAUAGAAUUUUUUGUUGCAAUGCAUCUUGUUGUAUUACGUAGAAAUCAUGUUACAUUACCAGAUAUAUUACCACCAGUACUUUCAAUACCACUUGAAAUGUCUAUUAGUGAAAUUAAAAUUGAACAAUCAAUAUCACCAACACAAGCACCAGCACCACCUCCACCACCACCACCAAUUACAUCACCAUCAAAAAAAUUAUUAAAUAAAAAUACAAUACAACAACAACAACAACAGCAACAACAACAAUCACCAGAUAAAAGUAAAGAAUGGACAAAAUUUGUUGAUUCACCAACUGGUACAAAUGGUUCAUUAACAAGUCCUGGACCAAAACCAGUUAAUUUUGAUUUUCAAAAAACAGCUGUUGAACGUGAUCCAAAAAUAUUACAUCCAGUACCACUUAGACUAACACCUGAAGCAGCAAUACUUGCAUCAAGUGCUAAUAAUAAUGCAAAUAUUAAUGAUGAAGAUAUUCAUAGUGUUAAUUUGGUACAAAGACCACUUGCUAAAAAAACAAUACAAAUUAAUGAUGAUAUUGUAAGUGGUAUACCAAAAAAAGAACCACCACCUCCACCACCACCAAGACCUUAUCGUACACAUACUAGAAGUUCAAGUCUUGAUCUUAAUAAAUUAGGUAAAAAUGGACAAACAUUUCUUGGUGCUCCACCAUCAGUACCACCACGUGCAUCACCAGGAACAAGUUCACCAAGAAAAUUAAUUGCCCAAAGAAGUGAAUGUGAUAAUUCAUCAAAUAUUAUUGGUGAUCAAGGUUUUAUUGCUGAUUUUUCACAAUUUACUAAAAAAAAUAAUGAAAGUAUGAAUUGUGUUGAUGCUGGUACUAUGACACAUACACAACAAUUUGCUGGUUCACGUGGAGCAUUUCAUAUUUAUAAAAAACCAAGUCCAAAACCUGGUGAUGAUGAUGAUACUAAAAAAAAUGAAGCUGAUGAAGAACGACCAAUGACACUAGAAGAAUUAAGAGAUAAAAAUUCAGAAUUACGUUUAGUUUGUGAAGAAUUAACACGUGAAUUAGCUGGUGCACUUCAAGAACGUAUUAAUUUACGUGCUAAAUUACUUCUUAUUACAUGAUCAACUGUUACGUUAUCAUUUUUAAAUGAGAUACAAUUUGGCAGUCAAUGUGCUCGAUCAUUAUCUCUAUAAUUUAUAUUUAUUAUAUAUUACCAAUGCAAAAAAAUUUUAAAUAUUUAUAGUCGUUUUUUUUUUUUUUCUUUCUUUCAAAGAUGAGCAAAUGAAAAAAACAAAUCAAGCAUUUUCUGAAUUUUAAUUUGUAAAACUAAUUGUAUAAAAAAUAAUGAUUAAAUUUAUUCGAAGAAAAUAUAAUGAAUCUCGUUGAAAAGAGCCGAGCCAAAAAGUACCAUUCAUAUAUUUUUUCAUGAUUUAUUUCUAGUUUUUUUUUUUUUGUUAAUAAACAAUCAUAUUAUUGCCGAUUUUUUUUCUGUUAAAUAUUUACAAACGGCUCAAAAAUAUAUCUGUAUAUAUGUGCUAGAAAAUUAUAAAUUCAAAAGAAAAAAUAAGAAAACACAUUUCAAUUAAAUAAAAAAUAUUGUGAAUUAUUUAAAAUUUUAAUUCAAUUGUAUUUAUCUUCUUCGUUUAAUUAAUUUUUUUGUGAUAAAUAAAUGAUAAUUAAGCUAAAGAAAAACA